CACUGGCACCCCAGCUUGCUCUCUAUAUAUAACACCAACACUCACACUCUCAUCCUCAUAUUAUAAUACAUACUUCAACAUCCUAGGAUUCUCAAGUAGAAAUGGAAAACAUAGAAGAACCAAUGGAUUCCAAUUUUCCAGUCAUACUACAGAGCGAAAAGUUAGCAAAGUAUAUAGUGGAAACUGCUGUUUACCCUCGCGAGCCACAGCUUCUUAAAGAGCUGAGGGAACUCACUCAGAAUUAUCCUAGGGGUUUCAUGGGUACUAAUCCUGAAUCAGGCCAACUAAUGUCAAUAUUGUUGAAGCUAUUGAAUGCCAAAAAGACGAUUGAAAUUGGAGUGUUUACUGGCUACUCUCUUCUUCUUACAGCUCUUAACAUUCCUCUUGAUGGAAAGAUUACAGCCAUAGAUAUUGACAGAAAAGCUUAUGAGGUUGGAUUACCAUUCAUCAAAAAGGCUGGAGUAGAGCACAAGAUUGAUUUUAUAGAGUCUCCAGCUCUGCCAAUUUUGGACAAACUAUUGCAAGAUCCUUCAAACUUGGGAACUUAUGACUUCGCCUUCAUUGAUGCUGACAAAUGGAGCUAUGUGAAGUACCAUGAGAGGCUCAUAAAUCUGGUGAAGGUUGGUGGGUUGCUUGUCUACGAUGACACACUCUUAGGUGGAUUUGUUGUGUGGCCUGAACAGGAUGUUGAAGCUUCUCACAGACCAUAUCGAAAAGCUUUAAUCGAAGUCAACGACGCACUCGCCACAGACCCACGCGUUGAGAUCGCUCUUGCUUCUGUUGGAGAUGGACUCACUAUUUGCAGGCGCAUUGCAUGAUACUACCUAAAUCAUCCUUUCACUUUAAAUAUCAAACCUUAAUAAAUAACGACGAGUUAUUUGAUUAUUAGUACAUGGUUACUCACAUGAGUAGUACAUUAUAUAUAUCAAAAUAAGGUUGUAUGCUUUGUGUUCGUGGCCUGCUGUUAAACCAAAAUGAUGAAUUAAUUUACUAUUUUGGCAUA